AUGGGUAUAUUGUGUGUACUCACUUUGAUCAAUGUUCGUCAACAAUCACAUCAAAUUCGACCUUCACUUAGUGUUGGCAAUGAUAGUCCUCGCCGACUCGAUGAUAAAUUGAUUCGAAUGUUAUUUUCACAAAUUUUAACACAGCUCAUUUGUAUUCUACCAUAUGCUGUUUUCCAUUUGGCGGUGUUUUUCAUCGAGCUGAAUUCAACGUCGUUUGAAUUCUUUGAUCUAAUUUGCAUUCUACUACUAUAUGUUAGUUAUGCAAUAAGUUUUUAUAUUUUUACAUUAUUGUCACGUGCUGAUCGAAAGAAAUUAGUGAAACUUACAUUGCUACGAAAAUCAAAUCAAAUCAAGAUACCACAGAACUGA